UCAAUGUUUGCUGCAUGUGUAAUAUUUUGUACUUUUCUACAAGAGAUAUACAAGUGCUAUCAUUAAUCAUGCAUGCUUUAGAGGUCAAUAAUGUAUUUGAAUAAAACUCCUGCAAUGAGAGGUUUUGUUUUUAGGUAUAGAAAAUCAUGGGGCAAGUUUUUAAGCAAGUCCAAAAAGAAAUUCUCUACUUCAUAUAAAAGCCACGCGUAUGUGGUUCCAAUCCAUUUGCAUCUGGUACUUCUACCUCUGAUAUCAAUCCCAUUUCGUUUCUGCUCUCUUGAAGUCCUACAAUGGACAACGCACUAGCAGUCACAGGGUUCAGAGCAGUAAGUUUCCUUACAUCUUACAGCGCAGGAAGAAUGACGAAUUCAACAAAUCUAAUCCAAUGUCCUAGGCCUUCUGCCCAAGGACAAACCCUUGCUCUUCAUGCCUCUGGCACAUCUUCUUCCAGGAGCUUUCCAAGCCACCGAAGAGGUCCAUGUUCUAAGUCAAGAAACAGCACCCUCUUUCUUAUACAGUGCUCCUCGAAACCAAGCAUUGACAGCAACAGUGCAACAAAUAAGAAUCCUGCCAUUGAACUGGAUUCAAAUUCCAAGUCUCAAAGUUUGGCAACUCCCACGCCAAAUCAAGCACUCCCAUCUACCUGUUCUAAUGGUCUGGUGCUCGACUUGGGCCCAAAAAACUCCUGGGAUAGUGCAGAAAUCGGCUCACCAGUUGUGAAAAGAUUCAUUGGAGAUAAUGAGGAUAGGUGGUAUAUGUGGUAUCAUGGAAGAUCUGACGCUGAGAACACUUCCGAUUCUGUUGGGUUAGCAGUUUCAAGCAAUGGAAUCCAUUGGGCAAGAGGAGCAGACCAUGUUAGAUCGUGUGGGGACGUGGGAUCGGUGAUGAACUGCAGCCAUAAUUGGUGGGCUUUUGACACAGAGGGCAUCAGGCCUUCUGAGAUGGUUAUUAUGUCCAGCCCAAUGUACAGUGCCGUUUACUGGCUUUAUUACACAGGAUAUAGUUCUGAAGAAGUCAAGUUGUCAGGAGACCCAAACAUUAUUUUACAGAACCCAGAAAGAGUUCACAGUAGAGAUGAGAAAGAUGAUUGCCAUAGCAUUGGAAAAAUUAUCAAGUCUCUACCAGGCCUGGCAUGCAGCCAAGAUGGCAGGCACUGGGCCAGAAUCGAAGGGGAUGAUCAUAGUGGAGCCUUGUUUGACGUGGGGUCAGACAAGGAGUGGGAUUCAUUGUUUAUUGCUGCACCACAGGUGGUGGUGCAUAGCAACGAUGAUCUCAGAAUGUAUUAUCAUUCAUUUGAUGCAGAAAAGGGGCAGUUUGCUAUUGGACUUGCAAGAUCUAGAGAUGGGAUCAGAUGGGUGAAGCUGGGAAAGAUCAUGGGAGGAGGAUCAAGCGGUUCUUUUGAUGAACUUGGGGUGAAGAAUGCAUGCGUGGUGAGAAACCGCAAAGAUGGAAACUACUUGAUGGCAUAUGAGGGUGUUUCUGCAAAUGGGGAGAGAAGCAUUGGGUUGGCAGUCUCUCCAGAUGGGCUGAAGAAGUGGGAGAGGUUUCAAGAAGAUUCUAUUAUUAAGCCCUCGGAAAAAGAUGGAUGGGAUAAUAAAGGAGUUGGUUCUCCAUGUCUCAUUCUGAUGGAGGACAAUGCAGAUAAAUGGAGAUUGUAUUAUGUAGGUGUUGGGCAUGGAGGAAAGACAGGGAUUGGAAUGGCAGUUUCAGAGGGCAGCAACGUUGGAAAUUUCAGGAGACGGGUGGGAUCUCAUCAAUUGUAAGAUAAAAUGUAUAGCAUUGGUGUAUGUCAAUAUACCUCAAUAUGCAUUCAAUCAAACUAUAUAUUUUCACUCUA